AAGCCCACGACGGCCUCUGCCUCACUAAAAGUAGAGUUUUCUUCACGUGUGGUUGUGUAUCCUCUUUCCACAGAAAAUAGGCCACACAACCCAUCUCCAUCCGUGAAAUAACUCUCCUAUAAAAAUCCAAAAAAAUCAUAAAACCUCUGAAAAAACGCAUACAAAAAAAUCGCAAAACCGUAGGCGAAAAACCGUGCAACCUCAGGUAACAGAGAAAGUGGGGUGAAAAAAAUCAGUAAGGAUAGUCUGCUCGCGCCUAGGCAUCCUUAUCAACGAGGCAACGAGGAAAGAAGCAGCAAGAAGCAACCGAGGAAGAAGAAAGCUCAGGCGACGAGCCGUUGAACGUGGCUGGAAGAAGAGCGAGCCAUAUUGUGAGAAAGAAGACGACGAAGCUAGGAGGGGCGAAGCGAAGAAAACCCUCGCGCGAGAGGCAAAAAAGGGUAGCGAUCGAAUUUUCUUCCGGGAAAAAGAAGUGAGCGCACGUCGAAGCAGCACGACCCUCCGCCGCGACCAUGAAUCCGGGAGCGCCCAAUUAUCCCAUGGCUUCGCUCUACGUGGGCGAUCUGCAUACCGACAUCACUGAGGCGAUGCUGUUCGAGAAGUUCUCGUCGGCUGGACCCGUGCUGUCGAUACGCGUAUGCCGUGACAUGAUCACCCGCCGUUCGCUCGGCUACGCAUACGUCAACUUUCAGCAACCGGCUGACGCUGAACGCGCCCUUGAUACAAUGAAUUUUGACAUGAUAAAGGGACGGCCUAUUCGAAUCAUGUGGUCUCAGCGUGACCCGUCCCUUCGGAAAUCGGGCGUCGGAAACGUCUUUAUCAAGAAUCUAGAUAAAAACAUAGACAAUAAAGCGAUGUACGAUACAUUCUCUGCGUUUGGCAACAUAUUGAGUUGCAAAGUUGCUCAAGACGAGUCAGGCGCGUCCAAGGGCUACGGCUUUGUCCACUUUGAAACAGAGGAAGCCGCAAACAAGUCCAUUGAUAAAGUCAAUGGCAUGUUGCUGAAUGGCAAGAAGGUGUACGUCGGCAAGUUCAUCCCACGCAAAGAACGCGAGAAGGAGUUGGGCGAAAAGGCCAAACUCUUCACCAACGUUUACGUGAAGAACUUCGGUGAGGACAUGACCGACGACAAGCUGAAGGAGAUGUUCGAGAAAUACGGGACCAUUACCAGCCACAAGGUGAUGAAUAAGGAUGACGGUAAGUCACGUGGCUUCGGUUUCGUCGCGUUCGAGGAUCCGGACGCCGCCGAACGAGCGGUGCAGGAUCUAAACGGCAAGGAGAUCGCCGACAGUAAAUACAUGUACGUGGGACGCGCCCAGAAGAAGGCUGAGCGACAACAAGAACUGAAACGUAAAUUCGAACAGCUGAAGAUAGAGCGGCUAAAUCGCUACCAGGGUGUGAACCUCUAUGUAAAGAAUUUGGAUGAUACGAUUGACGACGAGCGUUUGCGCAAGGAGUUCACGCCUUUUGGCACGAUUACGUCCGCGAAGGUCAUGAUGGAGGAGGGACGUAGCAAAGGGUUUGGAUUCGUGUGUUUCUCGCAACCGGAGGAAGCUACAAAGGCUGUCACAGAAAUGAACGGCCGUAUUGUCGGGUCUAAACCGUUGUACGUCGCUCUAGCGCAGCGCAAGGAGGAUCGCAAGGCUCAUCUCGCUUCCCAGUACAUGCAACGCAUGGCGAAUGUCCGCAUGCAGCAAAUGGGACAGAUAUUCCAGCCCGGUAACGCUGGUAGUUACUUUGUGCCCACGUUGCCACAGCCGCAACGAUUCUACGGGCCCGCGCAGAUGGCACAGAUUCGCGCCACGCCACGUUGGCCGGCACAACCGAACCAGGUGCGACCGAACGCGCAGACUGGCAGCUCCGGAUUCGCAAUGCAAGCUCCGUUCAGAGCAGCACCGCGCGCUCCUGCCGCUCAAGCUGGCGCUAUGCGCAAUACUCUGUCCGCCAGACCUAUCACAGGUCAACAAGCGGUUGGUGGUGCGAACAUGCAAAGCCGAUCUAUGGCCGGACCGGCGGUCGGAGUUUCGCCGCAGAGCCGUCCAUCCAAUUACAAAUACACCGCGAACAUGCGCAACCCGCCGCAGACGAUGCCGAUGCCCGCCCAAGCCCCCGUACAGCAGGCAGUACAUAUUCAAGGCCAGGAGCCACUCACCGCGUCGAUGUUGGCAGCCGCUCCGCCUCAGGAACAGAAGCAGAUGCUGGGCGAACGUCUGUUCCCGCUGAUACAAUGUAUGUAUCCGGCACUCACCGGCAAGAUCACCGGCAUGCUCCUGGAGAUCGACAACUCCGAGCUUCUGCACAUGCUGGAGCACAGCGAGUCACUGAAGGCCAAGGUCGAGGAGGCCGUGGCCGUGCUGCAAGCCCAUCAGGCCAAGCAGGCGAAUCAACCCAAAAAGGAAUAAGAACUCCUCAGCAGAAAGAAGUCCCGAGAAUCCGCGAACCCUUUCAGUUGAGCUUAUAAUGUAUUGAAAAGAAUGUUUUCUUCGUUUA